CCGUCUGCCCGCAGCCGCGGGAGGGCCCGAAGCCCCCGCAGCGGGCCGACCCCCCGGCUAGAAUCGGCCGCCUCUCCGCUGGGCGCUGCUGCUGCUGCCGCCUGCCUCCCGCCCCAGAGGCUUUCCUCCUCUCCCACUCAGUUUCUUAGGGAGGCGGCGGCCGCCGACGGAUUAAAGGGCGAUAAACGCCCUACCCCCGAAGGGGUGCCUGGGCCGGGCCCAGAAGGCGGGCCGGCCGGCUCCGGGAAGGCACGGCACAGCACGGCACAGCACGGCACAGCACAGUGCCGGGGUACCUCUGUUCGCAGUCAUGUCGGGCUCGGAGCAGCGGCCGCCGGCAGGCCAUGUCCAGUUGGAUAGCAGACCUACAUUAACCACCACAGAUGGAAAUCGAAACAUCACAGAAGUAGAUGCACUUGAUAUAAGACAAACACUUGAUCCUGCAGUGCAAUACAAAAUGAACCAUCAAAGAAGAGGAGUUGCGUUAAUCUUCAAUCACGAGCACUUUUUUUGGCACUUGAAGCUGCCAGACAGACGUGGGACUAUUGCAGACAGAAACAAUCUGAAACACAGUUUGACAGACCUUGGAUUUGAAGUCAGACAGUUUGAUGAUCUGAAAGCAGAAGAUGUGCUGCAGAAACUUUGGGAAGCUUCUAAGGAUGACCACAGCAAUGCUGACUGCUUUGUUUGUGUGUUUCUGAGUCACGGUGAGAACGAUCAUGUUUACGCAUAUGAUGACCACAUUAAAAUUGAGACAAUCACAGACAUGUUCAGAGGAGACCAGUGCCAGAGUCUGGUAGGAAAACCAAAGAUAUUUAUCAUUCAGGCAUGUCGAGGCGAUAAACACGAUGAUCCAGUUAUUGCUCAGGAUUCAAUAGACAGUAGCGAUGAAUCUAUCAUCAAUGAGACUGAAGUGGAUGCAGCUGGUGUCUAUACCCUGCCUGCUGGUGCAGACUUUCUCAUGUGCUACUCUGUGGCGCAAGGGUACUUUUCUCAUCGUGACACUUUAAACGGUUCCUGGUACAUUCAAGACUUGUGUGAGGCACUUAGGAAGCAUGGCUCUUCCUUGGAGUUCACGGAACUGCUUACCAUCGUUAACAGGAAAGUAUCUCAUCGCAGAGUGGAUAGGUGCAGAGAUAGUAAUGCUAUAGGAAAAAAACAGAUUCCCUGUUUUGCCUCAAUGUUAACUAAAAAAUUGUAUUUUCAUCCAAAAUCGAAGUAGAUUGUUAUGCUAAUAUUCACUGCUGUGAAAAACACACCACUUUCUUUCAGGGGACCAAUCUUCUACAAGAUUGUUUGUUUGGAAAAACACUGGAAUCAAACAUUAUUGUUUGUAUAUAUAAUGGUUCUGAAAUCUUAAAGCAAUUUUAAAGCUUGUAUUACAGCUCUCUCCAUCUAGGGGAAAAGUUGGCUGGUGCAAAACUAUUGAGAGGUGCUUAGAUUUUAUUGAAAUUGGUGCUCUAGAUUACUUUUUUCUUAAAAGAUUUUUGCUUGAUUGCUGCCUACCUAUGGCACACUUUACUAUUUCCAGAACAUUUCGAAUGUUGCAUUAGAUUAGCUUCUCCUGCUCCAUGAGCACAGUUUCAGGGAAUAUGUUAGUAGGGCAUAUUUUUAAAUCUGUAGACAGCAUUCCAAUUUUUAUGGAUUUAUAGCUUUUUAGACAUUUUUUAAUUUUCUCCCAACGCUAAAAAGGAACUUAAUUCCUUGAGUACAGUUGUAGCAUUAACAUAGGUAAAGCGCUUCUUUUUGCUUGUGCAUCAUUUACAUUUGGGGCAUAAUUAAAGCUUGCUGGUGCUUUGCAUCCUCAGGAGAAAAGCAGUAGUGAAAUGAGACCAUGUACAGCUUGUACACAUCUCUAAAGCUAAAGCAAAUAAUUUCAAGGUUCCAGGCUCACUUACAACUGGUGGACAUCUCUAGGCAGCUCUGCAGAAUACAGCAUCUGCAAACCUUCAUGCUUCGAGGCCUUGCUGUUGGAUCAGCCUCUUCCUCCCCUUGGCCUGGAGAUCAGCCCUACGCUGUCAUGGUGUAUAUAAAAGUGAUGGUGCGUUCAUCACCACAGGAUGUAUCACUGUAGGAUUGCUACUACUGCAGCAUCAGUACUUUCAAUACUUACUAGAAGCAAAUAUUUCUUUUAUUAUUUUUUACAUUAUCGGUACAUAUGCUUAACUCUGGGGGACAGUGGAGAACUCAAGCUGAGAAAAGUGUCUUAAUCCACUUUCCUAGGUCUAAAAGAAUUGAUUUACUGGCUCCGCUUUAGUUAAAUCUUUCCAUAUACUGUGUUCUGAGUCACAGAUGUUAAAUCUUACUAUGGCUACUUUUAAGCUUUGUAUAAAUCAUGAAUGUAUAAAGGUCAAUGUUUUGAUAAUUUUUUCAAUAAAAUGCAACAGUGAAACAUGAA